AUGACUUUGAAGCGGUACAGUGCCGAACACGGAAGAGCGCGGCUGAAUCAGCGAAAACAGUCUUCCCACUGCGACAAAAACGAUAGAAUGGCCCUCAGUCCGGGGCACCCCUUAAGUGGGGAGAGAGUGCGAAGAAUCCCCCCGUUGCCUACUAUUAAGAAUCAGGGAAACACAGAGAAAAUCAAGAUAUAUGACAAUAUAGUACGCAUUGCCACCUGGAACGUACGUAGCUUGUUUAUGCCUGGAAAAUUGAACACUGAGGCUGAAAUGAACAGAAUUAAUAUUGAUAUACUGGGACUGAGUGAAGUUAGAUGGCCUGGUUCUGGCAGACAAAGAACAAGUAAUGGAUAUAUUUAUCAUUCAGGCGGCACUGACCCAGAGCAUCGAUACGGAACAGCCAUACUAGUUUCAGAUAGAGUGGCACAGUCAGUCAUAGACUUCGUCCCUUUGGGCGAUAGAGUGGCUCUAUUAAAACUACAAACAACUCAUAGAGAUUUAAAUAUAAUUCAAGUUUAUGCCCCAACAACAACAAAUGACAAACCAGAUCAAGAAAUCGAAGAAUUCUAUAACAAAAUAGAUGAAGUAAUGCGGCUCACAACGAAGGGAGAGAUAACGAUGAUAAUUAGAGACUUCAAUGCCAAAAUUGGCCGUGGUGUUGAGGGGGAUAGCAUAGGGGCAUACGGUCUGGGCGAAAGGAACGCACCCCAGAAGACUGUACACCUGGAGGUCACCUCAGAUAGGGAGAAAAAAAUUGUCAGGAAUCAGAUUGAUUUCAUUUUGCUCGGCCUAAGCUUCAAAAGGUAUAUGAAGUCAACAAGAACCUACCCUGGAGCAGACAUCGGCAGUGACCACAACCCUGUCGUGCUGGACUUUAGGCUCAAGAGAUUCUUGAGAAAAGAGAUCAGUUCUAAGACCGAAAAAGAACUAGAAAUGGUAGAGGUACCUGUACGGGAAGAGGAUGUCGAAAAGACAUGGAAUGAUUUAAGAACUAGAAUAACAAAUAUCCAGGAAAAAGAUAUUGGAUUCACGGCAACCAACAAAAAGCAGGAAUGGAUGACACAGGAAAUACUAACCUCAUGGAUGACAGACGGAAGCAGAAGGCAAACCCGAUAG